UCUAAGAUGAGUGCCUGCUCUUUUUCUUCCUUCUCUUCUGGUCCUGAGCAACGUGUCAGGAAGACACUUAAGAAGAUCUUUGGGUUUGAUUCAUUUAAGACCAACUUGCAAGAGAGUGCCACCAUGGCAGUAGUUAAAGGUGAGAAGGAUGUGUUUGUGUGCAUGCCCACAGGGGCAGGGAAAUCUUUGUGUUAUCAGCUUCCUGCCCUGCUGGCAACAGGUAUCACCAUUGUGAUCUCUCCCCUCAUUGCCUUGAUUCAGGACCAGGUGGAUCACUUGUUGGCCCUGAAGGUACAUGUGUGCUCCCUGAACUCCAAAUUAUCUGCUCAGGAGAGAAAGAAAAUUCUAAUGGAUUUGGAGAAAGAAAAACCACAGACUAAGAUCUUAUAUAUCACUCCUGAGAUGGCAGCCUCUGCCUCCUUUCAGCCCAUUCUGAACUCACUGGUAUCCCGACAUCUUCUCUCUUACCUAGUGGUAGAUGAGGCUCAUUGUGUCUCCCAGUGGGGGCAUGAUUUCCGACCUGAUUACCUCAGGCUUGGUGCCCUGAGGAACCGAAUACCUGAUGCCCCUUGUGUGGCUUUGACAGCCACAGCUACCCAGAAAGUUCAGGAAGAUGUGGUCACUGCUCUGAAAUUGAGGCAGCCAGUUGCCAUCUUCAAGACACCCUGUUUCCGGGCCAACCUCUUCUAUGAUGUGCAGUUCAAGGACCUGCUUGGUGAUCCCUAUGGAAACCUCAAGGAUUUCUGUCUGAAGGCACUUGGGCAGAAAAAUGACAAAGGGGCCUUUUCUAGCUGUGGCAUCAUAUACUGCAGGACACGAGAGGCCUGUGAACAGCUGGCAACAGAGCUCAGCUCUAGGGGUGUAAAAGCUAAGGCCUAUCAUGCAGGGCUCAAGGCUGAAGACAGGAUGUUGGUGCAAAAUGAGUGGAUGGAAGAGAAGGUCCCUAUCAUUGUUGCAACCAUCAGUUUUGGGAUGGGGGUGGACAAAGCAAAUGUCAGAUUUGUUGCCCACUGGAAUAUUGCCAAGUCAAUGGCUGGAUAUUACCAAGAGUCUGGACGAGCUGGGAGAGAUGGACUACCUUCGUGGUGCCGCCUCUAUUACUCCAGGAAAGAUCGAGAUCAAGUCAGCUUUCUGAUAAAGAAGGAGAUCUCAAAACUGCAAGAAAAAAGAGGGAACAAGGACUCUGAUAAAGCCAGCAUGACAGCCUUCGAGGCCAUGGUGGACUUCUGUGAGAAGCUGGGGUGCCGCCAUGCUGCCAUUGCCAAGUAUUUUGGGGAUGCACCCCCUCCCUGCUUCAAAGGCUGUGACCACUGCAAGAGUCCUGGGGCUAUAAGGAAGCAACUGGAUGCCUUGGAGUGCAGCAGCAGCUGGAGUAAGACACAAAUCAGAUGCUCUCGUGGGAAUGACUCUGACUCAGAGCUGUAUGAGGGUGGACGUAGGGGAAAUGACGGCUUUGGCAGAUAUGAUGAGGACACAGGAAACAAUGAUGCUGAGGUCAGUGAUGAAGCCCAAAAGCGAGAGUGGAACAUUUUCUACCGGAAUCAGAUGAACCUUCGAAAGGGUAAAGAGCCCAAGAAAGAGGAGUUCAUCUCCCCAGAUGAUAAUUGUCCCCUGAAGGAAGCCUCCAGCAGGAAGAUUCCCCGGCUUACUGUGAAGGCUCGGGAACACUGUUUGAAGAUGUUGGAGGAGGCCUUAAACAACAACCUACAAACAGUUUGUGCUACGGAGAGGACUGGCCAGCAGGCCCAUGCGGUAGAGUUGGAGUAUGAGGCAUUCCGAAGUACUAGGAUGGCCAAUCUGUACAAGGCCAGUGUGUUGAAAAAGGUGGCAGAAAUCCACAAAGCCUCCGGUGUUGGAAAGCUCUACCCCUCUGGGGAUAGUGAGGACCAAAACCGAAAGACCCAGGCUGUGCUGCCCGAGGAAGACAUCCAACCAGCCUCCCAGGUGUAUUCAUUCAAAUCAAAGCGGAUAGGAGCUGGCUUCCGGAGAGCCUCUGACCCCUUCCAGACAGCAUCUGAGCUCUUACAGAAGUCAUCUUUGGCUAAAGAGCAGAUACCUCCUAUUAGACCAGAAGGAAGAGAGAGUCCUGGCCCAAGAGAUACCUUACAGCCUGAAAAGAAGACUAAAAGAUCCCCUGGGGACCACCCUGUCAUCAAAUCUCAGGCCAGCAAGAAACAGCAGUUGCUGGCCAAGGCAGCAAAGGAUUCUCAGGAGAUUACCCGGUUUUUCUCCCAGCAAGGAGCAAAGAGCCCUCCCCCACCUGACCCAUUGUCCUUGCAAACAGUGGACUCCUCUCCCUCUCCUGAAAUGGCUCAGGAACCCAAGUUAGUCCUAGGAAAGAGUAUAAUGGAAGAGGACAGAGCCCUAAGGCAUUUAUCUGCCCUGAGCCAGGCAGAGACCACUGGAGGGCUGGAGUUGAGCAGCAAGGUCAAACCUGAGGUCCAGCCCAUCCUCUCAGAGGACACCCAUCCAAGGAAACGAUCCAGAUCCCAUCAGGGGGAUCCAGAGGACCAAAUUCAGAAGAGGCCUCGAUCCACAUCCAAGCCCUCUAUCUUGAUACCACCAGAGGCUAAGGUCAGCAGCCCUUCCAAAAAUGAAGCAAGCUUUGAUCAGAGCAGAGAGAACCAAAGCCCCAGUCAGUUUCCAGACCCCAGACCAAGAACCCCUCGUGUCUCUCUGAAAGAGGCUGCAGACAUCGUGGUCAAGUACCUGACGCCCUUCUACAAGAAUGGCAGAUUUGCUUCCAAGGAAUUAUUUAAGGGGUUUGCCCGCCACCUUUCCCACUUGCUGACCCAGAAGACACCUCUGUGGGGGAGUGUGAAAGAAGAGGCCCAGAAGCUCAUCAAACAGUUUUUCCAAAGCCGGGCUAGGUGUGAAAGCGAAACUGACUGGCAGGACCUGCCUGUCCCAGGUCAGAGAUGACUGAAGCUAGGAAGGAGGAGACACCUGGGACAGCACUGGAGAGGCCAGUGUCUGCUGAGGCCCUGGGCCCCCUCCUGGCUGAUGCCCUGGGAAGCCCCCAGUAACUUUAUCUCAGCUCUGUGCCAGGCCACCUUCAGGGAGACUGGCUCUUCACCAUGGGCUCUUGGCUUUGGAGAAUUGGGGUGGGAACAGAAUGAGAAUGUGAAUCCUGCCACUGACACUGCUGCAAGGGAAGAGCUUCCUCUUCUCCCAGGGUAUCAGUAUCUGUAAGAACCCAAUUUGAAUACCCUCGUUAGGACUGGGGCCAGAGCUCAGCCCCAAACUUCCUACCUAUAGAGCUAAAUGUUUUAUCCCCAAUUGCUGCUUCCUCAUUCUUGAUACUGGACUUUCUUGGUUGGUUCUGGGGGCAGCCUGGAGAGAAGAAGGGAAUUGGGAGGGUGCACUUUUUAGUGUGGGGGUGGUAAAGCUGCCUGGGGUACCUACACAUAUCCUCAGGCCCUCUACCUCCCUCUGCAGCCAUGUCUCCAACUUUGUUGCCAGGUGUAUAUGAGACCCUGGGACCCCCUCAGAAGCCAUCCUUGUCCUGGAACGACCCGCUAGGGCCAGAAUGGCCUAUUCAUGUUUACAGAUUGGAAUAAAAGGCUUGAUUCUGAUUAGGCUCUGUUCCCCA